CAAAAUUAAAGUCAACGAUAUACUUAAAAUAGAAUAUUAUUGGCUUGCCGGAGCUCCUCAUCAUGUUAUUAUGAAUAUUACUGGUCAUUCAUCCGGCACUGUUACUGAUUAUAUUGGUUAUUUUAGAGGGAUGGUUAGUUUUGAA